UCGUUCCAACGUCCAUGCAACUCGGUGACCCUAGCGUUUCUGUCGCUUGGUCAGCUUUUGUGUGUUUUCCCAUGUUGACAAACAGCUCUGGUUACCACAGCAUGAACCAGCAGAGCCUGUUAAUUUUAAUUGUUAUUUGCUGUAUAACACAGCAGUGACCGGUCCUACUAGCAUCUGCUAACUUUCACUUCCUGGGAUUUAGAAGCACCCCCUAGAUAUUUACUGUUUCAAAGCAUUUCUUACAGAUAGAUAAGGACGUAUAGUAUAUAUUCUGUUGGUGUAGUUUAAACUAUCUCCUCAAAGGUAAUGGGCCGUCCCUGUGCAGCGUUGCAGGGGGGCCACCAGCUGCGGUCUCCCAGCCAAGCCAUGCUUAACUAAAGCAUGAUGCUCUCUUGCACUUACUGUCCGUCAAAACGGAUAAAGAGAGGAGAGAAUAGCUGAUGGAGAUAGUGUUACGCGAAAAAGUAUUCAAGUGAUGACACUUGUCUCUCAAAUGCAUGUGUAUAUUUAAUGGGUUUGGAUGCCCCUGAUUGAGGCAUGCAACGUGACGGCUGUCACGGCUUCUUGAAUGAAUGAAAAUGACUGUUAAGCGUUUAGUUUUCCACUUGGAAGGUUCUGGCUUUGACAUAAUCAGAUGGACGGUGAGGAACUUGACUGGACUUGUCACAACUAAUAAAAGGUCAGGGUUAAAUCCCAAGGGUGCUGCAUGAGGACAUGUGAUUAAAAAUGGCAUAGCCUGAGAUCUAAAGACAUGCAGGUGAAUAUCGUCCAGAGAGAGACGGAUAAUAGUAGGGUUUGUGAGAUAUUACCAUCAGCUUUGAUGGGAUGAAGAUCGGAAGAGUUUUGCACCUAUGUGGGCUUUUGGAAAAUGGGAAAUUGACUUGAAUGACUUAAUAAUUGUGAUUUUCUUGAAAUUGUAAAAAAAGAGUACUUAAUUUUAAGCAAACACCCUAUUCUAGAUUUGUGGUGUAGAGUAAAUAGUUUAAUCAUAAAUGCUAUCGCGACCAUGAGUGAAACAGAGAGGAAACGUCCAAGCAUUGCUGGCAGAGAAAAAGGACCAGGGCCUGGGCGAUACAUUCUACCACCGACAAUUGGCUUUAUAGGCCAUGAUUUCACAAAGCUGACUAAUCCUGCCUACACCUUUCAUAGUAGGAUGAGUAACAACAUGCACUGCAUAGACUGCAGUCCAGGGCCUAAAUAUCACAUUGACGCAAAGCUUACUCGUUUUGGAAGGGAUGGCACCCCAGCCUAUUCAAUACAUGGAAGAAUGGAAGGUCGAGGAGGAGUUUUCUGCACUCCUGGACCAGGAGCAUACAGCCCUGAGAAAGCCCCUUUUGGUAGCAACCAUCGCAAACAACCAUCCCACACUAUGGGUUACCGCACUCAGUAUCGGUCUGUCGACGCCGUGCCUGCCCCAAACAGAUACACCCUUCCUUCUCUCAUGGGCUCCCACAUCCUGACCAAGACAUCAAGUGCUAGUUACACCAUCUCUGGGAAAAGCAAAACGGGAGGUCCUGCUGAGGACUUAUCAAAAACACCAGGUCCUGGUAGAUAUAACAGCACAGAUCCCAACGUCUAUCUCCCGAGACGGCCUGCUUUCUCUAUGCUGGGUAGACACAAUGCAAAAAGAGAGUCAACAGUAGUACCAGGACCAGGAAGUCAUAACCCUGAGAAAGUGACAGUGCACAAGCCCAGACCUCCUGCAUUCUCCUUAGGCAUCAGACACUCGGAGUUUGUAACACCUUUAGUUACAGAUUAG